AUGCUCUUCUCAUUCCCACCUGAGCUCACCCUACGGGUGAUCAGCUUUCUGCCCAAUGCCAGUCUGACAGCGUUGAUUCAGACCCAAAAGGGGGUCGCGCGUCUUGUGACGCCGUAUCUCUAUAAACAAGUUCUGCAUGAACCCAUCCCACUUGAGAAGGAUGAAGACAAUGAUUCAGAUGAUGAUGAUUUCGACUCUGUUUAUUCUGAGAAUUCGGAGGAGGAAGUUCCACCAUUGCCUUGGACGGAUUGCGUCGGGAGAUGGCAUUCAGAUGUUAUUCUGAAUUAUUUUCAGUCACUGUCUGCAGAGGUCUUAUCUAACUGUGGCAAACCAAGAGAGAGUCUCUUACAUUUGGCUGCUCGGACUGGGAAUAUUCCUCUAAUGGAGCUGCUCCUGUCCAAGGGACUUGAUAUUAACAAUUGCCACGAUGGAUAUAGCCCCGUCGCCAGAGCCGUCAUCCACAGGCAGGAUGAAAUGGUUCUCUGGCUGAUGGAGAAGAAUGCACCUGUCACGGGAGGGAUCAACGGGGGAAGACUCACUGUCCUCACGAUGGCGGCUGGAUUUUGCUCUGGCAAAGUUGUGCAGAGAAUUGUCGAAAUCAUCCGGGCAGAAGUCGGCGAGAGAGGCAAUGUCUUUGCCCCCUCGGAUAGCAUCGACGCUCUGCACCGCGCCAUUCGAAAGGAUGACCCUCUUUCCGUUCAUAUUCUACUUGAAAAUGGCGCGGACGCGUCCGGGUGGGAUACGCACGGUCUGUCAGGGUUGACACUGGCCGCGUCUAAGGGAAACGAUGAGAUUGUUACGAUGCUUCUUGACCGCAAUGCAAACCCUCUUCCGCACGAUGCGGUGGGACAGUCUGCAUUGGGAUGUGCCGGGUGCUCACAAAAGCUGAGCUGGGAAAUAAUGGAGAGGAUAUUCCACGCGUUUCGCGAGGCAGGAGGCGAUAUCAACGCCACCGAAGUCACGAUUCCUGAAUUUGUAGGUGGUAGACCUCGUGCUCUUGAAAGCCUACCUCUACAUUAUUUUGCUUGCGCUGGCUCAAUUAAAGGAGUAGAGCUCCUUCUCCGCCACGGCGCAGACGUCACCAUCAAGCCGCGAAAUGGAAUGACACCUCUACAUGCAGUCCUCUUCAGGUAUAAACAUACGCGGGAUCCUUUCCCAGAAGCGACUCAAAUUUGUCAAAUUCUGAUUGAAGCUGCUGUUCGAUCGAAUAAACAUCUCAACGAUCAGAUGACUCCGUAUGCGCCCUUCACCCCGAUGAAUGGGGGUACGGCGUUGACUAUGGCUGUGAUUUGUGGAUUGGAGGAUGUUGUCCGUUUACUGGUGGAGAAUGGGGCUGAUGUUCAAGUGGUGGAUGCAGAGGGCAAGACUGCGUUAGAUUACGCCCGAAGUUCAAGUAAUCAAACCAUGAUUGAUUUGUUGACUGGAAGGGUCAACUAG